AUGAUAAGUAAAUUCAGAAAAGCUUAAAAGACUAAACUUGAGAAGAUAGAUCUAAGUCAUGAAAUAGAGGAAAAGAGCAAAAGACUUGCAGAUUUGAUUGCAAAUUCUAAAAAUUUCACUUGCUUUACUGGAGCAGGGCUGAGUACCUCAACUGGAAUACCCGAUUAUAGAAGUACUUCACAAACAAUUAUCAAAACUGGAGCUGGUUAAUAUGAGUUACCUCCUGAAACUACAGAUUAGCAAAAGAUAGUAUUUUUAAAUGAGACUAGGAGACAAGUCUAGGCAGCUAAGCCUAGUCUUUCGCAUAUGGCCCUCUUCGCACUAAUGUAAAAUGGCUACUUAAAGCAUGUGAUAAGUCAAAACACAGAUGCUCUGCAUUUGAAAUCUGGGAUACCUUAUAGUAAUUUAACUGAACUUCAUGGGAAUACUACUAUUGAGUACUGCAAAUCAUGUAGCAAAAUGUAUUUUAGAGAUUUUAGAUGCAGGGUCUCUGAGGAUCCUAGAAAUCAUAUCACAGGCAGAAAAUGCGAAGACACUACAUGUGACGGGGAUCUAGCAGAUGAAAUUGUACACUUCGGUGAAAGCAUUCCUAAAGACAAAUUAGUUGAAGCUCUAACUGUUGCUUAAUAGAGUGAUUUGCAGCUUUGCAUGGGCACUUCUCUAAGAGUAAAGCCAGCUAAUCAGAUUCCUAUUCAAACCCUCAAGAAUAAAGGCAGCAUUGCAAUCGUGAAUCUGCAAUACACGCCAUUUGAUGAGCAUGCUCACAUCAGAAUACAUUCUCUUACAGAUCAAGUGCUAGUUAGUGCAUGCAGUCAUCUUAAUAUUGAGAUACCAGAAUAUAGUCUGAAAAGAAGAAUCCAUAUAACUAGACCUCCCUUAAAUGAAAAUAGUUUGUCACUUUAUGGGACAUACGGCAAUCAUAAAAACAUGAAGUUAUCAUUCAUGCAGAGAAUAGAGUACUUUGAUAGCCAUAAACAUAUCUAUCUAAAUCUUGAUAAAGAACCUUUCCAUAUUCCAGAUGAUUACUUAAUAAUGGAUAGCACAAUCGAUGAUGAGGUCGAGUUCAGGAUACACUUCUAUGGGCAUAAUAGAGAGCCUUACUAUUCAUUAUUGCUACCUAGAUCUUCGCUUAAGGAAUUAAAGUCUUAGGAACAUUUAGUUUGUGAUAUUACUUUUGAUUAUAAUAAAUUAGAGUGGAUUUGA